GAUUCGCGGAGCCGGUUCGCCUCCACAUGAGCUCACAGGCGCAGUUAUCGCAGUGAGUGAUAGAGGACAGAUGGUGUGUCUCCGAGAUAAAGCAUAAAUGUUGAAUAGGUGACGUAAACAAUGGGCUGUAGUUGAGAUCCUGAGGGAUUAUUGGGUCAUGACUGAAGACGUGUUCAGAAACACACAGGUGUCCAUGAAGGUGGCCGCUUUGCGCUUUGUGGACUUGCCACUGUCCGUCUAUUACUCUCUUCCACAGGUGAGUUUGAGCACCGGCACGAAGAAGCUCUUUGCCGCCACUGCCUUCGGCGCGGUCUCCCUCAUCUACCUCGCCCGACGCUUCAGGAGGAGGAAGGGCAAGAAAAAAGUCAGUUCGCCUGAGCAGGAAACGUUUGAGUUCCUCACCACUGUCCCGCUGAAAAAAGAGACAGAGUGUCAAAAUCUGCCUCUGAAUUCAAAGAAUUGCUACUCAUGUAAUGUGGUGUCCAAUGGCAGCUUGUACAGCAAGCUUUCGGGCUCACUGCCAAGCCUGGCCUCCGUGAGGAGCAGGCACUCCUCCAGUAGCUCCACCUGUGCUAAUGGCUCUAGUUGCUGGGAUGGAGCAGGAGAUGAUGGUGACGUCUGUAACCUGCUCAACAUCCCCGUCACCACUCCAGAGAACCUCUACCUAAUGGGAAUGGAGUUGUUCGAGGAGGCCCUGCGGCGCUGGGAACAGGCGCUUACAUUCCGCAGUAGGCAAGCAGAAGAUGAGGAAAACUGUGCGUCCGUGAAGGUGGGAGCUGGAGAUGCCAUUGCAGAAGAAAGCAUGGAGGACAUCAUCAGUGUAGAUUUUAUUCGAAAGCUGGAGUCCCUGCUACAAAGAGCCUAUCGGCUCCAGGAGGAGUUUGAGGGAGCACUCGGAAUGACAGACCCUUCACCACGUCCUAGUAAUGACAAGCACAUGGAUCUCUCUGUGCGGGAGGACUUAGAGGACACUUGUCUACGAGAUUCAAUCAGCAUCGCCUCAACAGAUUCCUUCGUCUCUGCUGCAGAGUUAUCUGAGCACCGAGAAAUGAGGAGUUCCCAUGCACUGGGGUCUCUGUGUCAUCAUCCCUUUUAUGAGGACGCCCUGCAGUUGGCUGAGGAAGGGAAGAUCUCCUGUCGAGUGCUAAGAACUGAAAUGCUUGAAUGUCUUGGAGACACUGACUUCCUAGCAAAGCUACACUGUGUACGACAGGCGUGUCAGGUCAUCUUAUGUGAAAGAACAACUAGAGCAUUUCUGGCUGACACUGGAAAGAGGAUAUUGUCUUCAAUAAUUGUCAAAGCAAGAAAGAGCCCGAAGAGGUUUGAGGAGGUGUUUGAAGAAAUGAUCUGCUUUCUGGAGCAAACAGACCAUUGGGAGAACACUGAAAUGGAGCUUUCUGCAAGAGGGGUUAAACAUCUGAACUUCUUCGACAUUGUUCUUGACUUUGUCCUUAUGGACUCAUUUGAGGAUCUUGAGAAUCCACCUAUCUCUAUUCAAAAUGUGGUCAACAAUCGUUGGCUCAACAACUCCUUCAAAGAGACGGCUGUUGCAUCAAGUUGCUGGUCUGUUCUGAAGCAGAAGAGGCAACAUAUGAAGGUUCAAGAUGGCUUCAUUGCGCAUUUCUACGCAGUGUGUGAACAUAUAAGUCCUGUUUUGGCUUGGGGGUUUCUAGGCCCUAAAAGUUCCCUACACGAUUUCUGCUGCUUUUUCAAGGAACAGGUGCUGUUCUUCAUGAAGGACAUUUUCGAUCUGGAUAAAGUACGCUACUCUAGUCUGGACACUCUGGCAGAGGACAUCCUGCACCUGCUUCACCGACGCUCUGAACUGCUUCUUGCCUAUCUGGGCACUGACAUGAUCCGUCACCUAAAUGGCUGUAAUGCCACACCUUUGCACCUGGUCCCCAGUGCUUUGCUGGAAGCACAGGUUCAAUGACCUACAUCAAUCUGUCACUCCCUCCACAUUUUCAUGGAUGUUUAAAUCACUGCGGAGUCCACUACACACCAUGACUCUUGUCUUCCAAAUCAUUAUUAGUGCCAUGUCAAUUCAGUGUAAAGUUUGUGUAGUGUUUAAAAUUAAGUGGGUAAGAAGGGAGAGAUGUUUUUAUAUGCCUUUCACGUAGUGUUCCAGUAGCUUUAAUUUUUUACUUUGAACAAAAGAUUUGCACAAUGAAUGAUCUGAAUCUUUGGGUCCUUGAUGUAUUGAGACUUGAAAGCAUAAAUAUUUUCAUCGUUCUGAAAAAAGCAAUUAGGUCAGAUGUCUUCAAGUAGGUAACUUGAGUCUCCAAACAUUUUAUGGGAAUUAAUGUUCAACCCUGGCCAUGAAUUCAUUUUAGACUUUCUACUUUUAGUGAUGCCAUGAGUAUUACAUGAAACAGCUGGCUGUUGUGAAUUUAAGUCAUUACUUUAUCUAUUACAAGCCUUACAGAUAGUACAUGUAUUGUGACUUUGUAUUUUGUUUAUAAGCAAUGUUACGCCAGUAUACAUGUACGUAUUAGAUGAAAUCACUAAAUGAAAAAUAAAAUCCUCAAAGCCAGGUUUAA